UUCGCUAAAAAGGCUGAGAUAUAUUUCAAGAAGAGGCCAGAACUAGUGAGCUUUGUCGAAGAGACAUACAAAGCAUACAAAGCUCUAGCCGAUAAGUACGACCACAUCUCAAGCGAGCUACACAAAGCAAACCACACAAUUGCAACUGCCUUUCCUGAUCAAAUACACUUCGAAAUGCAAGAUGAUGAUGACGAUAAUCUCCCAGAAACGAUUACCUCCAUCAAUGCCAGCAUACUCCGCAAGCCAACCUCAGAUAUCCCUCCCAUUGGCUUAAUGCAGAAAAGAAAAGAAAACCAAGCAACAUUGAAGAAGUCAAGGCUUGCAAGGGAAACUUCUCAGAAAAGCAAAGACAAGGCUCAGGAAGAGAUCGACAAGCUUCAGAAGGGAAUCUUGGUUCUUCAGACCGAGAAGGAGUACGUAAAAUGCUCAUAUGAGAAUCAAGUGACCAAGUAUUGGGACAUUGAGAAGCAAAUUAUUGAUAUGCAAGAAGAGGUAUUUUACUUGCAAGAUGAAUAUGGUGUUAGUGUGGUUAUUGAGGAUGAUGAGGCUCGUGCAUUGAUGGCAGUCACGGCGAUUAAUUCUUGUGAAAAAAGCAUAAACAAAUUGGAGGAACAACAGAAGAGAUCAAUUAAGGAAGCAAAUGUUGAGUCUGAAAGAAUUAAGAUUGCCAAAGAGAUGAUGAAAGUACCUGAGGACAUUGUGGAUGACGUACCUAAUGAAAGCCUUGACUCGGAGUCUUUACGUGAAAUAGGCAAGGAACAUAUUGAUAUUUCUUCUGAUCUUUCGGUGGUAGAACUUGCAGAAAAGAUCAAUGAACUUGUCGCUAAAGUCAUCGAUUUGGAAGUAACAGCAUCAUCUCAGGCUGCACGCAUAGAGACACUGAAAUCAGAAGCUGAUGUCCUCCAUAGACACCUACAGAGUUUCGAAGAAGAGAAGAAAACUCUUGUCAAUGAUUCAAAUAGUUUGCGAGAAAAGCUAAAUGAGGCAGAAGAGAAACUGCUUAUCCAAGAUAAAAGUAGUAUGGUUGAUAAAAUUUCUACUGUAGCUCAUAAGAAUCUCGAUGAUAUUUCAGUUGAAGCAAUGUAUCACAAACACCUUGAGCAUGUUAAUACCGCUAGCCUAUCUCACGAGGUGACCUCUCUUCAUAACAGUGAAUCAUCAAGAAGCUAUGACGAAGAACUUAAAGAAACUCUUUCGACCAAACCGUCCACUGGUUUUGGAGAUAUUUCAGACAAAUUGAGGUUAUCAAAAACUGAGAAAACACCAACAGACUAUGGAAACAAAGAAGUUGAAGUACUUAAUACAGGGAACAAUUUAGUUGUGGAAUCUCAAGGGAUUCAGGAGCUUGGUCCUGACCUUGAAGAUCGAAACAUUUUUGAACAUUCAGAAGCAGGCUCUCAAGUUAAGGAAGCUGAGUUCAGUUCAUGGCAAGUAUUUGAUGAUGUUGAUCCUAUUAAAGAAUCCAUACCACAACUGGAAGUUGAAGUCAAUUCAUCGAAGGCAGAUGAUAAUAUUCAUCAAAAUAUGGAAGUCAAAGCUGACUUUGAUAAUGAACACAAGGUGCAAAUUGAAGAUGGAACAGAAGGUAAAGAAACUUUUUUAGUGUCUGAGUAUAAAUCAGCUAUUGAAAACUACGAAGAAAUGAAGAAAAGGCUCUCUGAAGUAGAGAAGAAAAACCAAGAAAAUCUCCUUGCGAUGACAAUGCAGAUAAGUGAACUCGAGAGUGCUAAUGCGAUGAAGGAUGCAGAGAUUCACAAUCUAAGGAAAAGUUUGAGAUCUGCGAAAUCAAAUUCCAACCAAAUUCAAGAUGUUAAUUUACCAGAAAUGGGUUCAAUACAAAGGCCUGAAGAAUCCGAGAAUCCAAGAUUAAGGACAAGAACUAUAAGGUUCGCAUCUUUUGAUGUCUCAGACAGAAAUCCCCUUUCAAGCAAAUAUCUCAAGCUACCAGCAACUGAUGUGCAAAAGAAUACUUCAGCUAUCGAAGAAAAAUUCAGAAGGGACAUCGAUACAGUAUUAGAGGAUAACUUGGAGUUCUGGCUAAGAUUCAGCACUUCGUUCCAUGGAAUUCAAAAUUUCGAAUUAACAUUGGAGGAGUUGCAAGCUGAGAUCAAGAAAGUGAAGCAUAGGAAAUUAGGAGAAGGCAGACAAGGCAGUAGUCAUGGAAAAGAGACUAAUCCAGAAUCUCUCUCUAUCGACAAACAACUUAGAGAGUUAAAGACUGAGCUCCAAGUUUGGCUCGAACAGAAUGAGCUGAUUCAAGGAGAGCUGGAGAGUAAACUCUCCUCACUUUCCAGUCUACAAGAGGAAAUUUCAGGGACUUUGGAAUCAAGUCUAGAAUCGAGUUUAGAAGCAGACACGGUCAAAUUUGCUCCAUAUCAGGCUGCAAAGUUUCAAGGUGAGUUACUGAACAUACAACUCGAGAAUAAUAAGGUAGCAGAUGAAUUAAAGGCCGGGCUUGAGCGUGUAACUGAGCUCCAAGCUGAAGUUGAGAAGUCUCUUUCGAGGUUACAUGAGAAAUUUGAACUGCCAGUUCCGGGAAAUCGAAAUAAUGAUCAGUUGAAGAAUAUUCCUACAAAAAAUCGAGUACCAUUGAAGUCCUUUUUAUUUAAUGCAAAGCCCAAGAAGAGGCAAUCUAUAUUUGCUUGUGUGAAUCCAGCAAUACAAAGACAUAUGGUACCACGCCCUUCGUCUCGCCCUUCAUCUCACCCUUCAGCGCGCUCUUCACCUCGCCCUUCAUCUUCAUCACAAACUUCAUAAUUUGUCCAGCUGAACAUACUAAAUUUUACUUCGCUUUGGACCCUUUUACGGGGUGAAGGAAAGUUCUUGCAUAGGAAAAAAAGUGAGGUAUUCCUGGCUCUACUACGGGAUUCUCCCCAAAGAAAAUGGAUAAUAGUUACCCCAUGGACUGGAGAGUUGUCUACCCAGUUUGCGCUAAAAUAGAGGCAAUGGAAAAACAAUUUUCAUUUUUGUCAUUUCUUGUAUCAUUUCAGUUAUUUAUCUCUGUAAAGAUAUUUAAAGGAGAAACCAGUCUUUUUUUGCAA